UGUCUUCAUCUUCCCCCCAUUUUCUCCACCCCCCUCUUUUUUUUCUCCCCAUCACAGUUCACUUUUGUGACACCUCAUGACUGCAAAUGGUUUCACGCUGGUAGUUUUUCUGUUCAACCCUUCGACUACAAUGCAAUAGCUUGCUUCCCAGACUCAAUGCCUUCCCUGUGGUCAAUCUUUUAUGGUCAAAGUACAGUUUGUGUUUCGUUUUUUCAAUGUUUUAUAACUUUAAUAAAGGCACUGUGGGCUCACUGUUUGUUUGGGGAAGUGGGAUUGGGUGCAACAGUCCUGAUUUGUCCAAAGGAAAGCUUUCCCCUUGGUUUGCGAAGGAAAACCAUAAUGGUUACCAUCUGUUGAGUGGGAGAGGUGGUUAGGUACCCCCUAACAGACGUGGGUCGCAGAUGGUUUGUGUGUGAGUCGAAGGGUUAAUGAUACGAUGGAUGGACAUGUAGAAUGUAAGGAUGGAUUUUAGUUAGAGUACAACUGACCUGCUGAUGCACUGUGCGAUUCCACACUGGGCACAGUUGCUGUAGACCCAGAGACAGGCAGAGGACAAAUAUGCUCAGAGGUAUUACGGCUCUUUCACUGUAAAGGCACAGAAGAAUUUAAUCCAUAUGAAGUGCCCUAAUAAAACCUUUAGCUGUGAAUGGAUAUCAUUUAGAUUUCUUUUCUCAGUUUCUCUUAUCUGGGCUCUAAUUCUAAAAGUAAUUGUACCAGACUUGGAACAAAUUAGUUAUAAUUAAAAUGACCGACUUGCUUGCACCCUGAGCACCUUCAUUCCUAGGAUUAUUAAGUAUCAACUUAUUUAUCUUUAUUAUUUAGUGUGCCUGAGAGCAGACCCUAUAGGCCAGCUAGUUUAUUUUUUAUUUUUUUUUAGUUUAAUAUAUUUACUGCUAAUUCACUUCCCCUUAUAAUAAGCUUAUAUGACCUGAAUAUUUCAGGUUUGCUUUAGUUCAUCUGAAGCCUGCAUGUAGAGAGAGCUCUUUGUACGAAGUUGUUGUGUAAAUAUAUUUUUAUUUUACAACUCUCUCUGUAAAAUAGAAAUAUGUUAUCAAGAAAAAGUUGUGUACCACAAUACCACAGGCACAUACUAACUGUCCUUAAUUUCUCUCCUACAGCAGUACUGCUUUGCCAGUCCUGUACUGCACUCUGUUAAGGGUGCAGCAACUCAUCCUGUGUAGGUUAUGGGGAACACAGUGCACUUGUCAGUUUGGUCAGGGUCCACUGGCUGCUUGUUUUGGGGGCUGUGAAGGGAAUCAGCUGCUACAAACCUCAACCCCAAAUAGCCCUUUACUUGGCCAAUACAAAUUCAACAAGAUGAGAAAACAAUUCUCGACCAUUCACAUAUUAGAUGUCUUCUCUUUUGCCCUGAAAUGGAAGUCAAGAUCUAAUGAAACGAUUAGUAGUGCAGGAGGAGUAUAUGUGGCUCUAGGAUUUCAAAGUAUACGUCUCUGCAGCCUUCAGUUAUGAUUAUUUUCCACAUUUUUUCAGAAUGUAAUCAAGUUCCCAAACUUUACCUGAGAUUAUUGACUUCAUUUUUAUCUGCUAGUAUAAGUCAUUGGGAAUCUGCAGUCAAAUUGAUUUACUUUAGUUUUGUACUUAUACCCCAAAGAAGAUGGAUUGUUCUUUGAGUGCCAUAAAUCAUUGCAACACAGGUGGUAUACUGUUGUGUGUGAGUUUAAACCCUUUUCCAAAGUGUUACUAAUGGUAAAGAGCAAUUUUCUAGGCUUCUUUUCUGCCGGUUGAAGUCUGACUGCAGAAGGACCCUUGGCACUGAAAGUGGGGCAAAACGCCAGACCCCAAGCUGCAGUUCAGGACAUACGUGGACGUCAUGUUGGAGCAGAAAGUGUCCAAAGAGGAGAGAGAGAUUCGUCAGCAGCUGGCUGAGAAGGCCAAAUCAGGGGACCUCAAAGCUGUCAACGGGUCCGCUGCCGCCGUACCUGCUGCAAAGCGUAAACGUCGCUGGGACCAGACAGCUGACCAGACGCCGUCCAAUUCUACACCCAAAAAGGUUUCCAGCUGGGACCAAGCUGACUCCAACGCCGAGACUCCAGGACACACACCUGCACACACACCUUCAAACAGCAGAUGGGAUGAAACCCCAGGUCGCCCUAAAGGCAGCGAGACACCGGGGGCCACUCCCAGCACCCGUAUGUGGGACCCGACCCCCAGCCACACCCCUGCUGGUGCUGCCACCCCUGGCAGGGACACACCCGGCCACGCCACUCCUGGUCACGGAGGAGCCACAGGAAGUGUUCGAAAGAACCGCUGGGAUGAAACCCCGAAGACGGAUAGGGAGACACCGGGACACGGGAGCGGCUGGGCCGAAACCCCAAGAACAGACAGAGGAGACGAGUCUGUGGGUGAGACUCCCACCCCAGGAGCCAGUAAGAGGAAGUCUCGGUGGGAUGAAACCCCUGCCAGUCAGAUGGGAUCCUCAACACCACUCCUGACUCCAGGAAAAACUCCACUGGGAACACCAGCUAUGAACAUGGCAACCCCGACACCUGGGCACUUGAUGAGCAUGACUCCAGAGCAGCUGCAGGCAUGGAGGUGGGAGAGAGAGAUUGAUGAGAGGAACCGGCCCCUUACAGACGAAGAGCUUGAUGCCAUGUUCCCAGAGGGAUACAAGGUUUUGCCUCCUCCAGCAGGCUACGUGCCGAUCCGUACUCCAGCCCGUAAGCUGUCAGCUACUCCCACACCUAUCGGAGGCAUGACAGGCUUCCACAUGCAGGUAGAGGACCGCACCACCAAACAGAUGAACGACCAGCCCUCAGGAAACCUCCCCUUCCUCAAACCUGACGAUAUCCAGUACUUUGACAAACUUCUGGUUGAGGUGGACGAGUCCACCCUGAGCCCAGAGGAGCAGAAGGAAAGGAAGAUCAUGAAACUGCUGUUGAAGAUUAAGAAUGGAACACCACCCAUGAGAAAGGCCGCUCUGCGUCAGAUCACCGACAAAGCUCGUGAAUUUGGAGCAGGUCCCCUCUUUAAUCAGAUCUUGCCGUUGCUCAUGUCACCCACCCUGGAAGACCAGGAGCGCCAUCUGCUGGUUAAAGUCAUUGACCGCAUCCUCUAUAAACUGGAUGACCUGGUUCGGCCAUACGUUCACAAGAUCCUUGUGGUGAUUGAGCCGUUGCUCAUUGAUGAAGACUACUAUGCCAGAGUUGAAGGCAGAGAGAUCAUUUCUAACUUGGCAAAGGCUGCUGGUUUGGCAACCAUGAUCUCCACAAUGCGACCUGACAUCGACAACAUGGAUGAGUACGUCAGAAACACGACAGCCCGAGCCUUCGCAGUGGUGGCUUCGGCCCUCGGCAUCCCUUCCCUCUUACCGUUUCUCAAAGCUGUGUGUAAAAGCAAGAAGUCAUGGCAGGCUCGACAUACUGGCAUCAAGAUCGUUCAGCAGAUUGCCAUCCUUAUGGGCUGCGCCAUCCUGCCUCACCUGCGCAGCUUGGUGGAGAUUAUUGAACACGGUCUGGUGGAUGAGCAGCAGAAGGUGAGGACCAUCAGUGCCCUGGCUAUUGCUGCCCUCGCUGAAGCCGCUACGCCCUACGGUAUCGAGUCUUUCGACUCUGUGCUGAAGCCCCUGUGGAAGGGUAUCAGGCAGCACAGAGGAAAGGGUCUGGCUGCUUUCCUGAAGGCUAUUGGUUAUCUGAUCCCACUGAUGGAUGCCGAGUAUGCAAACUACUACACCAGAGAGGUGAUGUUGAUCCUCAUCAGAGAGUUCCAGUCCCCCGAUGAGGAGAUGAAGAAGAUUGUGCUGAAGGUGGUGAAGCAGUGUUGCGGGACUGAUGGUGUGGAAGCAAACUACAUAAAGACAGAGAUUCUUCCCCCCUUCUUCAAACACUUCUGGCAGCACAGGAUGGCCCUGGACAGACGCAACUAUAGACAGCUGGUGGACACGACAGUGGAGUUGGCUAACAAAGUUGGAGCAGCUGAGAUCAUUUCUCGCAUUGUGGAUGACCUGAAAGACGAGGCUGAGCAGUACAGGAAGAUGGUGAUGGAGACCAUCGAGAAAAUCAUGGGGAACCUGGGAGCCGCUGACAUCGACCACAAGCUGGAGGAGCAGCUGAUUGACGGUAUCCUGUACGCCUUCCAGGAGCAGACCACAGAGGAUUCAGUGAUGCUGAAUGGUUUCGGUACAGUCGUGAACGCCCUCGGAAAGCGCGUGAAGCCGUAUUUGCCUCAGAUCUGUGGUACGGUGCUGUGGCGUCUCAACAACAAGUCGGCCAAAGUUCGUCAGCAGGCGGCAGAUCUGAUCUCCCGCACGGCGGUGGUUAUGAAGACCUGUCAGGAGGAGAAGCUGAUGGGUCACUUGGGUGUGGUGCUGUACGAGUACCUGGGAGAGGAGUACCCCGAGGUGUUGGGCAGCAUCCUGGGGGCGCUGAAGGCCAUCGUUAACGUCAUCGGAAUGCACAAGAUGACUCCACCAAUCAAAGACCUGCUUCCCCGUUUGACUCCCAUCCUGAAGAACAGACACGAGAAAGUCCAGGAGAACUGCAUCGACCUGGUGGGCAGGAUCGCCGACAGGGGUGCUGAAUACGUGUCGGCCAGGGAGUGGAUGAGGAUUUGCUUUGAACUGCUGGAGCUGCUCAAGGCGCACAAAAAGGCCAUCCGCAGAGCUACUGUCAACACAUUUGGUUAUAUCGCCAAAGCUAUUGGCCCCCACGACGUCUUGGCCACUCUGCUCAACAACCUGAAGGUGCAAGAGCGUCAGAACCGAGUCUGCACAACUGUGGCCAUCGCCAUCGUGGCUGAGACCUGUUCACCUUUCACAGUGCUGCCGGCGCUCAUGAACGAGUACAGGGUGCCUGAACUCAACGUGCAGAACGGCGUUCUUAAGUCGCUCUCUUUCCUGUUCGAGUACAUCGGCGAGAUGGGCAAGGACUACAUCUAUGCUGUCACCCCUCUGCUGGAAGAUGCCCUCAUGGACAGGGACCUGGUCCACAGACAGACGGCCAGUGCCGUUGUCCAGCACAUGUCUCUAGGCGUCUACGGUUUCGGCUGCGAGGACUCCCUCAACCACUUGCUGAACUACGUGUGGCCCAACGUGUUUGAGACGUCGCCUCACGUCAUCCAAGCAGUUAUGGGCGCCCUGGAGGGGCUGAGGGUCGCCCUGGGGCCCUGCCGCAUGCUGCAGUACUGCUUACAGGGUCUCUUCCACCCGGCCCGGAAGGUGAGGGACGUCUACUGGAAGAUCUACAACUCCAUCUACAUCGGCUCCCAGGAUGCUCUGAUCGCUCACUACCCGCAGGUCUACAACGACGACAAGAACGUCUACGUCCGCUAUGAGCUCGAGUACGUCCUGUAAAUACACGUGGAUCGUUCCCCCUUCCCCGACUGUCUCUAUUAUCGCCUGAAAUUCAGUUUUUAUUCGGCUUCUUUUGUUCAACGUGAAAUUAGAACAUGAAAGAAGGAACCUUGCAGAAUCUGUAUGUAUUUUUUACUUUCUUCCUUUUGAGUGUUUGCUGUCAGAGGCGUUUGAGGUCAGGCGAGGGUUGGUUUGGAAUGCAAAACUGUCACGUUUUAACUAUCAGGUUCAUUUUGUCAGUGUAUUGAUUAUUGAUAGACCACUGUAUCGCAUCCUUCAUUUUCCACACCUGUUAUUAGAUCAAUGCUUUAUUUAACCAAAUAAAACGUUUGUGUAUAAAAGUCAAUUUGCUUCUUUGUGUAUCUUUUUUUUUGGGGGGGGGUCUCUAUUCCAUCUGUAUGAGAUUCCAGCCAGAGAGAAAGAGAGAGUGGCCCGCUUCUCACCUCUUUAUAUCGCUGAAGCGUAAAAAUUAAUUUGUAAUAAAGGGAGAACCUCCUACACGCACACAUGAUCACUCAGAGCCUCGCGGCAUAAACAACCCCCCCUCCACUCGGUUCAACUCUGUGCUGCACAGCCAGACUCUGUGACCCAGAUUCCUCUGCAGACGCCUGAUCUGACAGCAUAAUGCAGUCCGCUCUGUUUUUAAUGGCAUAUUCUGACUAUUUUCUCUUCGGAAAAGAUUAUUUUAAAUCUCACGAAUAUCUCCCCCUGGUUAAAAAAAGCAUAACGGGUUUCAGCAGCAUCAACUCUUUUCAGCAAAGCAUCAAUCUUGAUGUACAUGCAAAAAUAAAGGAGGCUUUUAUCUUGAAGGUCCAGAAGUAAAAGGACAUUGGAGAAUUUACCUCAGUGUUGGAGUAUUUUAUACAGCAGCACUGUUGUAAAAGACCCAAUGAUCACGUGUGAUGCAGAUCACGUGUUACCACGGUGUGUGUGGGAGGGGCAUGACAAAUCCGGUCCACAUUUUAAUCAUGUCAAAUGAGUGUUGUGAUAAAAUAACCUGCUUCUGCUGAUUUGAUUACCUUUUUUUCUUCAUUUUAAAUUUGAGCUUCAGUAUGUUUGUAUGUUAGAUAAUGAUUGUUAGCAACUCUGUGAAUAGUAUAACACAACAGCGUUUCAACUUCCCACUUCAAAGGUGAUGAGAAGUUUGCAGAUUUCUGUGAGGUCACAAUUAUGUACAGAUUUGAAACGUUUCAGUUAGAAAUGUUUAGACUGCCGUGGCUCCAAAAAGAGAGUAACCACGUUAAGUUAGUGAUCACUUUGUACUCUCAAAUAUAUCGAGCAUGUAAAAUGUUUGUUUAAUAUUAAAAUGUGUUUUUUAAA